AUGGAAGAUACUCGUGAAUCCUCGGCCGCCAGCAGCCCCCAGCAAUCCAAGGCAACGGUCACAAGCCCUAAACUGACCCUCAAGACAAGCGGUCUAUCGGGCCCGAUUAAUGCCCGCCUUGCGCGGCUGAUGUCUCCUCUAUCCGCAGGCACACUUUCAUCAUGCUCUGCAUGCUCGGAUACAGAUUGGCCCCAACAGACGCGGGAGUUCGACGACCUUUAUGACGCCACUGAUGAGGAGGACUUGGAUGACGACAACUCCACUGAUAUUAGCUCAACGUUCUCGCCAUCCGGUACAAGACCGUCAAGCUUGGUGACGCCAAUCACAAGGAAUUCGCUCACAUCGAACGGCAGUCGGCGAGGUCGGAAGCAAUACCUGACCCUGGAGAUCCCGUCGUCACCGAGAACAUGGGCAACUAAUCCGAACCACAAGAGCUCCCCGGUUCCUCCAACGCCUCCGCCCAAGAUCCCAGUUUCUCCUGCGGCACUCUCGAUGCUCACCCGAUUUGUUCCUGCCUCUCACGCACCACCAUCUCUAGAUGGGAGUAUAUCAUCAGACCAGGAGUCGGUCAUCAGCGCCCUAGCCACACCUGACACACAAUCCCUCCCAGAUACCAACUGGAAUGCUCAGGAUAUUCACGUCCGACCCGAUGUGGAUGGAAGUGAAAAUGAGGACCUCCAAGUUGGAAGUGAAGUCGAUGUUCAGACGGUUCCGAUCACCAUUGAAAGCCCGCAGAAUGAUUGGCAUCGGGUUUUGGGAAACUUCCCUAGGAUCCCCACGGCUCACCCUAAUGGUUCCAUGUCUUCGCUUCCGUAUGAAGAGCCGCCGAGAGAGCCGACUCCAUCCGAUCAAGGUGUUUGCCUGCCAGAUGGUGCCCUUGCCAUGCUGCAUCACAUUCGCCUCGAUGGCACUCCCGAGUCAUGGUCUGAGACCUCGGAAGGGAAUGAUGAGAUGUCGCAGCUUCGGCUUCCCUCUAGUCGCCCUCGAAGUGCCGAGGGAGCAACCCCAGCGUCGGAGUUGUCCGACUACAGCUUCACCGAGUUGAGCAUCCCUUCUCCCGGUGGAUUCUUUGCCUCACUGGCCCCCCGUGCUCGGCACACCUGGUCGAUUCCCUCCUCCAAUCACCCGCCAUCGUCGGCUGUAGCCGAAGGUUUCUAUAACCUCCCAUGGCCUCGUGAUGAUGGCGAGAUUGUCGAGCAGGUUAUCGAAUGGCCUGAUCGCGCCAGCGAAGAUCCCGUCACAGCUGUGCGGGAUGAGCAAGGGCCCCCAACUGCCAUUCGUAUCCCAUGCGAGACUCCAACUCGAUCAGUAGCCUAUCAGGACAGCCCGAUGAGCACGAAUUUUGCGGUCCAAGAGAUCUCACGGUCCGGGAAUGUUCAUGAGUACGAUGAAUCUUAUGACAAGGAGCUUCAAGAUCGUGCGGCAGCUAGCCUUGACCGAACGAGUGUCUGGCUCGCCGCCCAGGCAUCCUACAUGGCGGCUUUGAGCGAGACUAAUCCUGUCAAUGAACUUAGUGAUGCUGGCUCAGCGAACGAGGAGGUUGAAAAUCCAACUGAGCCACAAGAUGCUCCGAAGAAAACGGUCCGGUUUGUUGAAGGUGCCCCUGAAGCCUCGAGCCCUCCGCCAAUUCUUGCAAGUCGAGAUUCAAUCUAUUGGCGAGGUUUCCAAUCGAUUCGGGAGCGAGCAAAUCAAUCGGACGGAUUCAUCCAUCGUAACAUGCGAUACGACGCGAUCCAGUCCUUCCGGUUGGGUUUGGUAGAUAUGCAUCUAAACAGCCUGAUGGGCAAGUAUGCGCUUGUAUGCCCGGAUCGCCCAGCCUACAGGGGUCCCUUCUCUAAAGCACCGCGGAAUUCCACCACGACGACUGAUCUGGCUGAAAGAGCGCAGUUCUCGAAGCUCCAGAAAGAGCAGCUUGUUCUUGCUCAGCUGUGUCAGCCCAUGUGGGCGAUGGAUGCUUUGAAGUGCCUCAAUGGCGGGAAAUUAUGUACGAGUCCAGCUUCGAAGCGUCUUGCUCGCACCAAUAAACCCACGAGAAAUGCAAGCGAGCCGCAGCGCAAGGUCCGAAUUUUGGACCUGGGAGGCCAUGCUUCUUGUGAAUGGGCUUGGCAAGCUGCAUAUGAGUAUCCCAACGCCAAAGUCUAUUCUGUCGUCAAUAAGGACCAAGCUGUCAACAGCGGCAUCAAAGGCCCCGACAACCAUCGCGUGGUACCUGUCUCGAACCUGUGGGAGCUUCCAUUUGGUGACAACAAGUUCGAUGUUAUCUCUGCACGCUCCUUGCAUGCCCUGCUGAAGGCAGAGGCCCCCGCAGGAUUUGACCAUGAUGAAUACGACCUGGUACUGCAGGAGUGCCUUCGCUGCCUCCGGCCUGGCGGAUUCUUGGAGUACAUGAUUCUGGAUGCCGAGAUCUCACGGGGAGGAACCCUGUCGACUGCGGCGUCUGUUGAAUUUGCCUUCAACCUCCGAACCCGCGGCUACGACCCUGUUGCCUCGAAGACUUUUCUCAACCGACUUCGGAACAGCGGGUUUGUCGGACUCAAACGAGCAUGGAUGUUUCUUCCAAUGGGCGUGGAACCAAGCGAGCCUCAGCCUCUACGUGAGGCUCCGGCCCCAAGGGUUCAAAGCCAGAUCUCAGAGUACGAAGCAGUCCAAGGCCCUAUUGGGAGCACGGGAGAUGCUGCGAGCAUAACUGGUAUACUCGGAGGCUGGAUGUGGGAGCAAUGGCUGGUCCAAAUGCGAGGAGAAAUGGGUCGUGAGCGAGAGAAGUUGCUUGAGGGAGUCGGAGCAAUUUUCGAUGAGGGCCGGAAGAAUGGCGCAGGCUGGACCUGUUUGUCCGGAUGGGCCAUGAAGCCCAAGCACACCGUUGCUUGA